AUGGACGAAGUGGAUCAUAUCGAGCUUGCGAACCAGAAGAGCUUGGAGGAUUUUGAGAGGGAAUAUAUGCCUGGAAACGACUGGAGAUUCUUCCGCCACCCCACCACUGCCGCCAUCUACACACUCGCCCUGCACGCCUCGUCGUCGCUCCCCGAAGCCGAUCUCAACGCCUGCUUCGCCCUCAUCGAGCUCACCAGCUCAGAGGACUACCGGGAGUCCAAAGGGGGAUGGAAACCCCGGGCCAAGAAGGAAGAGAUGAAGUUGCUGGACUUAAAAUACCUGCUCGUCAAGAAGGCAGAGGAUGGCCGCGUGCAGGGCUUUAUGAGUCUCAUGCCGACGUACGAGGAUGGGUUUCCUGUCGUGUAUUGCUAUGAGAUUCAUCUCUCGGCGGAGUUGCGGGGGACGGGGCUGGGAAGGAUGAUGAUGGGGUAUUUGGAAGAUGUGGCUAGGAGAGUUCCUGAGACGGAGAAGGUCAUGUUGACGGUCUUUACGCGGAAUAAACGUGCCGUCGAAUUCUACGGUAAGUUGGGGUACAGUACAGAUGAGUAUUCGCCGGAGCCAAGAGUGCUGAGAAAUGGGACGGUGGUGAAGAAUGAUGGGUGGGGUGGGCCCAGAGGGUCCAGUGCUGCUGUCUGGUGUAGAUGGGCCUGCAUUCUUGAGGGGAUCGAUGUUGCUGUCGGCCAGCAGGAGCUGAACGUCUCUUUGGCUAAGAAUCUUGCAGAAGGAACAAGCGCUGGUACUAUCCACGUCAAACUGAGUAGUAGGGGCUGGGAAUAA